UUCCCCCGGCCUAAAAAAAGCAUCCACACUGCACUGCACUGCACUUACCGGUCGACGAAACCCUGUAACAGAUUGCUAAACAUGGCCCCGGCUGACAGCAAUAUGGGUUGGUUAUUACAUGUGUCGAUGCUUCUGAAAUGUAUACCAUUCGUGCUGCUUAUAUUGGUGUCUAUGGUAUGCCGCACCUCUUCACAAACUGGGCACAUCACAGAACUUAACAGUGCAAAUUUUGACAAGAUUAUAACAUCUAAUGAAGUAGUAUUUGUCAACUUUUAUGCUAAUUGGUGUCGCUUUAGUCAGAUGCUGAAACCUGUGAUUGAAGAGACGGCUAAGGCAGUGAAAGAGGAGUUUAGGGAGCCAGGGCAGGUAGUCGUGGCUGCCCUUGAUUGCCAACGAGAAGAUGCUCUAGCUAAGAAGUAUCAUAUAACAAAGUACCCAACACUAAAGAUGUUCCGUAAUGGACAGCUUGCCAAACGAGAAUAUCGUGCACAACGUUCCAAGGACGCCUUCGUGAAAUACCUCAAGGAACAAAUGGCAGAUCCCAUUGUCCGCAUGCAGACGCAGGAUGACCUAAAAAAAAUUGAUGAGUCAAAGCGAAACAUCAUCGCCUACUUUAAAUCUCCCAAUACCAACGAGUAUGCAAUCCUUAGACGAACUGCGAGCUCAUUACGAGAUGAUUGUAGCUUUUAUGUAGGAGUGGGCGAUAACUUCAAAUCGGACACAGUUUCAGGAGAUAACAUAAUGUUCAGGCCUCCGAGGACUAAAGAUCAAGACAUGCUAUAUCUAGGCUCCAUGCUGAACUUUAACCUUCUUCACACCUGGGCUAGCGAUAAAUGCAUUCCCCUAGUACGAGAAAUAACCUUUGAAAAUGGAGAGGAAUUGACUGAGGAGGGAUUACCGUUCCUGAUCCUGUUCCAUAAACCAGAUGAUGUGGAUAUCGUCAAGAGAUUUAACAACAUCAUCAGUAGGGAACUUGUCGGCGAUAAAGGUAGUGUCAAUUUCCUGACAGCCGAUGGUACCAAGUUCUCCCAUCCCCUACAUCAUCUAGGAAAGACGGCAAAGGACUUGCCACUGAUUGCCAUCGACAGCUUCAGACAUAUGUACCUGUUUCCCAAUGUCCAAGAAUUGGAUGUAUCCGGAAAACUUAAACAACUCAUUCAAGAUCUUCACUCGGGGAAACUUCACAGAGAAUUUCACCACGGUCCAGAUAAACAAGAUCCAAAUAAACAGAUAGUUCAAGGGACGGUGGGAAGCAAGACAGCCGGGAAGGACGACUCCACAGAUCCCCCAGAGAGUACGUUCGUCAAACUCAAGCCAAGCACCAAUAGAUACUCAUUCAGAGAUGAACUUUAAGCUUGAUUUGUAGAUGGUUCACUUUUAACUAGCAAUCUUUGGUGAAGCCUUUUAAAAGAUUAUAACAAGAUGAUAGUAGUAGGUAGAUUACAGGGUUCUGCCCAGAAUUUCUUCAGUGGUGGACACC